AUGCAUGCCAAUUGUCAGCGUUUCAGCCAUGGAUGUCAGCUCACAGACGCCCCUGGGACAGGAUGGGUGUCACUUCAGCGGGACCUCCGUGGUGCUCAGAGAGUCGAGAUCAUCAUCAAGGAGAAAAAGACGUGGGAGGACGCUCUGGAGCACUGCAGAGAGGAUGACACUGAGCUCACCAGCCUGAUCUCUGAGACUGACCUUCUUCUGGCCCAGAGGGAGAUCUGGAAAGCCCAGACCACUGACCAUGUGUGGAUCGGCCUGCGCUACCUGGCAGACAGCUGGCUGUGGGUGAACGGGGACCCUCUGGAGUACGAGGCCUGGCCCCAGCAAGGAGAUCAGGACCAACGGUGUCCAAACUGGGGUCACACCUGUGGAGCUUUGACCAAAGAGGGUCUGUGGAGGAGCCGGGACUGCCGGGAGAAACUCCACUUUAUCUGCGUCUGA